AUGGCAGCCUUCGGAGGAAUUAUGAGGCCACCGCGGGCUUGGAAGCUCAGUGGAUGGCCUGCAGCUGCUCUGGGUGCGAUAGGACUUGCGUUGCUGGUUAUUGCAGCGAUCGUUGGUGGAGUGUGGAACUUUUCUGAACCCAUCGCCGCCGUGUCAGCUGACGCUACCCUGAGCCAAAUGAAGAAUGAGGUACAGGAUCAGCUUGUAGAAGCGGCAAAGAGGCAUGCUCUGGCCGAGAAGCACAGGACUCAAGCUCUCAAGUUGUCCAACACUGCGGAGGAAGAACGUGAGAAGUCCCGACUCCUCAAGGCGCAAUCACUGCUUGCAAGAAGGCAGGAGAAGUAUGACAAAGCUGCGAAGGAGGUCCGUGAAGCAAGGGCUGCCAUGAACAAGAACGAGAGGCUCUCUAGCAAGCUCGCUUCGGAUGCUCAGGAAGCAAAGGCCAAGGCUGAUGCUGACAAGGAGAAGAUCAUGGAGCUCGAGGACAAGGCAGGCAACUACAAUGAGAAGGCUAUGGAAGAGGCCGACAAGAUCAAGGUGGUUGAGCAGGCUGAGAGCAAGGCUGCUGCAGAUCUGCCGUCUCUUCUGGUUCAAGCCAAGAAGGAUGAAGGCGAAGCUGCAUCCUUGAAGCAGGAGGCAAAGGGACGAAUCGCAGACUCUCAAAAGAAGGUUGAGGCAGCCAAGAAGCUUGAUCAGUUGGCCGAGCAGAAAGAACAAGAGGCCCACACCAUCAGGAACAAAUUGAUGUCUGUGCUCGAACAGAAAGCCAAGACUUUGGAUAAGAAAGAGAGGGAUGCGAAUGAGGAGGCAAAGUUGGCUAAGGAGGCUGCUCAGAAGGCCGCUGAGAAGGCGCAGAAGUACGCAGCUGAAGCUUCCAAGGAGUCCUCGAUUGCUCAGACCCAAACUGGUUCCGACUCAGACGAAAAUGAUCUUAAGGUUGUUCAGCCAGAGGAUCCAAAGCAACAGCUGCACAAACUCGCCGAGUCCAAGAUUCGGCACGAGAGGGAUCAAUCACAUGAUCCAGUAGAUCACAAGCAUCUGCAUUCAGUCAGAGCUGCCAAUCUCGAGAGAGCUGCGAAAGAGACUGAGAGGAGGAAGAAUAACAAUAUCAAGUCCUCGGAGGAUGGUGAGCAGCUGAAGGAAGAUGGGCACUACUCGAAGCGCGAGGAGGCCUUCAAGAAAGCUCUUGCCACAGCUUACAGAGCCGGAUACGUCGGUGAACACAGGGAUGCUGAAUUGCAGGCAUCAUCCGACGUCAAGCCAGCUAGGACUCAGAUGUUGGGUGAAGAAUCUUCCGCUAACUCUGAAGACGUCCCAUUUGGCACUGGAGAUCCCAGGGUUGCCAUGCUCUCCAAGGGUCCUGGUGAGGUCAGCCAGCUGGAGAAAGUCAAGGGCUCCGGAAAGUCUGCCCCUCUCUUCUCCAUGCUGUGGUCAGAUCCCGGGUCGUUGAAGGAGGUGACGAGAGACCUCUCGGGAACUACCAAGAGGCUGCGGCGCAUCGCCCCGCGCUCUUCUCGUCUCGCAUCCAUGUCUACCCCGCACCUCUACGAGGACGGUCACGAGUCCAGAGCCGAGGAUGAAUUCAAGCAGGACAUGCGUAAGUACAACCGAGCCCUCAAGGAGGAGAGGAGAGCCGAGCUGUCUAAGGUCAGCCGCCUGAAUCAAGAGCUUGCCGAGCUGCCUGGGGGUGACUCAAGGGACGUUCGUCGAUCGCCCGACCAGAGCAGGGACUUCGAAGAGCGCCGUGAGCACGACUGGCACCUGCAGGCUGAGCACGCCCGGGAUACAAUGCUCCGAGAGACUCAGAACCAUUGGGAUAGCCGGGGCAGAGGAUCCUACACCAGGAUGCAACGUCGUGGGAUCAGGGAGGGGCCGCGAGUAGUUGAGAACGAGGAGGGACACUUGGUGUUCGAUCGUCGUCGCGACUCGAGGGCGGAGGGUGACAGGAGGCGCGACAGCUCUCUGCGUUCAGAGGUGCACGAUCUGAAGGACGACCUUCGCUUCGAGAAGCGGAGGGACCGCCGUCUCGAGGACAGGACCUCUCGCCUCGAGGGUGAAGUGGACGAGCUCAAAGAAGAGCUCCGCGGGGGCCGCACGACGGAGCUGAGUGAGGUGAGGGACGAGCGAAGGCCGAGGAGGGAGGGCGAGCGAAGGGAGGAGCGUCGACGUGACGAGGACGAAAGGGCUCGGGAAGAGCACAGGAGGGAGAUGGCUCGUCGCAGAGUGAAGAGCUACCAUCAGCGCAGCGCCGCCAAGAAAGCGACCAACUUCUCUCCUGAUGCCGUGUACGAGAAGGAGUACGCGUGGGACCCUGGGCACGUGAGCCGAGGAGAGAUCAAGUUCCAGCACGCCCUCAAGAACUUCGACCACACGAAGGCGAUCCUGCGGGAGGGGGCCAUGCAGGAUAUGCAGCACAUGCACCUGCCUGAGCUCGUCCCCGCUCACCUCCCCGGGCAAGGGUUGUAAGUUGGGGAGCUCGUUGAUCUUGGACGGUUGGCUUCAUGCAGUUCUAUGUGCGGAUUAGUUUGUGCUCUUGUCUCUGUCCGUGUUGGCGAUGUCACUGUGCGUGAAGUUUAAAGAGGUGAAAACCGAG